AUGAGCUAUGCUGAAUCUGAAAGUAUUGACAAGAAGGGUGGAGAGCGGCCUCAAGGUGGAAAGGCACGACCACGAGGAUGUCCCCGCCGGCGUGCACGCCUAAAAGAGAUUACCCUGCAGCAAUUUAAUACUACUUAUCCUUCCCUUCCAGGAGGCGACCUCAAGGUGUUAGGAAACGACCGCAAGAACCUAUCCGGAGGAGCUCACGGCUCCGUCGCUGCCAAGAGCAGACCUCGAAGAAAAAAGAAGCCAAACAAAGCUACCCGUAUUCCUCUCCCGAUUAGCCAUAAUCCCAAAGAAGAGGCAUGCUACUUCUCUCACAUUGUACUAUGCCCUGAAGUUAACGAAAAGCUAAGGUCCCGCGAAGCCCGCUUACCUCUCCGCAACAUAAACAUCAAAACCGGAAACGGUCGCGUGAAGUUAGAGAUCCACUCCCAGCCGAACAUAUUCCCAAACGACGAACGUCCCGUGCUGCUGUUGACGAAAAAUAUAUACCCAAGAUUCAUUUAUUGGUGA